UCUAUCCCAACGACGACGUCCACACGGUGGCGUCGCCCAAGGGGUUCCCGCUACUACACCAGGAGCCGGUGACCUCCUGACCUUUCAGGAUGACUCCUUCUGGCAGCGCACCAACCCGCAGCCCCCGCCGUCCAUCAUGACGCGCUGGCCGGACGAGGAGACCGUCCUCCCGGAGCCGUAUCUGGAGGACCUCCAACAAUUCUCCUCCCAGGAUUCCCUAUACGAAAUCCAGGAAGAGGAGACCAGCGAUUAUGGUUCCCAAAUCCAGGCGGCGUGUUCAGAGAUCAAUUCCCUGUCGAGCAGUACGAGCACCAGUGGGAAUGAUUUCCGCGGGGGCAAUGGGGAGGAGGCCGGCGGAUUGCGACGGAGUCAUUUCGUGGAGAACUUCCGGCAGAUGCCGCGGGAAGCCAAGAAGGCCGUGGUGGAGCCCCGGGAGAGUCGGCCGCCCGCGGGUGCCGUGCAGAAAGCCGUGGUGGCCAUUGAGCGGAAGCAGGUGGCGACGAAUAUCGUACCGCCCACGGUGACGGUUAAGCAGCUGGGCAGCGGACCGGCUAAUGAUCCUCCAAAGAAACCACCGCCACAGUCCCGCCCCACCCUCCCCUCGCCCGUCCGCACCUCCGUGGAGUCCACCACCCAGACCAUCAACACCGAGCCCCACCCCGCCAUGCCGCCGCCCACUAGCCGGUCCGAACCAAUCAGCCGUGGCAAUCACGUACACUUCAUCGAAUCAGCCCCGCCCCACAGUACACUGGAGAAGAGCAGUCAAGCGGAGACACCGCUGCCGGCGGCGGUUCAUGGCCCGCCCGGCCAUCGACGCCCAUUGAUCCAUCAGUCGUCGCGGGAUGAACUGAUCAUGUCGGAGAUUGAAUCGGAACUGGAUUCACUGAUGAUGGACGGGACGAUGGGGGAUAACUUCGAUACGGUGUCGCAGAGCAGUAUGUUCAGUGGGACCAGUACCAGCUGUACCUUCCCGGCAUCAUCCAGUAUGACAGGUUUAAACAAAGAAGAGCGCCGUUGUAAACGCCGGCUGCCGCUCCUUCCGAAAGAUGACCAAGCCGGCUACUCCAUGACCCCGGAGGAGCGGGAACGGCAGAAGCGCGAACUGAAGCGCCGUAUCAGCGGCCACCUGCUGAAGAUCAGCCCGCAUCCGGAUGACGAGACGCACCGCAACAGUCUGGCCAUCGUCCAGGGCUGGUCCAAUGAGCUGCCGUCGGCCUCCGGGGGCGGCGGCAACGGCCCCGGCAGUCUCCUCCUCACCAGCCGCAUCAAUCAGAGCAAAGUGGUCAAACGCAAGAAGCACAAGCAUUCCCCGGCCACGCCCCAUGACGCCGAGAAGCUGCAGCUGCUCAAACAGCAGCUCCGUGCCCUGGCCGCCCACCGCGACCGUGUGCACUACGGCGACGAAAAGGUCACCGUCGCCGCCUUCGGCUCGCUGCCCAAUAAGCCGGUCAACAGCGGAUGCGUCGCGGCGGUGCUCAACGGUUUCCGCGGCGACGACCACCUGUCGUCCUCCAACGAGUACCUCACUGACACGACGCUGGGCUCGGUGAAGAAGAUCCACAAUAUCCGCUCGGCCUACCAGCAGCACACCACCACCUCCGACCCCGCACUGUUCCGCAGCGUCCUGGAGCAGUACCGGCGGCAAGCACGGGAGGAUCAGUAUCAACGCGAGCGGGACGAUUAUCAGCGGUAUAAUAUCGGCGGCCCCCCACGGCGAGAGGAGUUUACGGGACCAAAAUCUUACAGCCAGUACCAAUCCGAUCCCGACCUGCAGGAUAUUGUCAAUAAACUGCAGCAAAUCAACCGGGAGAUCGCCGACACCAAAGCCUUAUUCCGCUCCACCUCCAGCCUUGCGCUGACCCGCCGUCCACCCGGACCCCGCUGGCGCUCGGAGAACGACCUCAGCCUGAUGUCGCCCACCUACCGCCCACCACCACCGCCCUACGGCCGCGACUAUCCACCCCGGACGAACCACCCUUCCUGCGCGACUCCAAUCGUUACCACCCGCUGGCGAUGUCACACAGCUUCGGACGGGGACGCCGUAUGUGGGAGGACGACUUCUUCCGCAUGGACAACGACUACGACUACCGCAUGUACCCGCCCGAAGACUUCCGCGGCCCUUUCGGUCGGGGACCGCCCUUUCCGGCCUUCGUCGAGCCCCUCCCGUAUCCGCCACCCCCUCCAGGAUCUUUCGCCGGGACGUACGCGCCAGAGGACCAGUAUUAUCCGUUUGACGGGUACGAUGAGCCCCGCGAGGAGCUGUGGGGACCGGUGGCCACCGGGCCGCCGUCUGUGCGGGCGGUGACGCCGUUGGCGCACACGGCCGGGCAGCAGAUCAGCCAGGAGACGGUGCUGGAUGUGCCGCUGCCGGAUUCGCGGGUCAGUAAUGCCGAGGAGCCCCAGACCGGCGUGAUCAGUAUGGAGGGCGAUGCGUGGGAGGAUG